GUGGAUUUUGGAUUAAAAUACGGCAGGUAGUGGAAAAGUUUAAGUAGCAUGGAUCAUUCAAAACAGGAGAUAUUGUUGUGUAAAUAUAUGCUUAGGAGACGCAAAAAUGUAAACCACCACAACACAUCUUCCGGCUCGAACCACACGCUCAAAAUGCAAAUAAUUGGGCAGUCGUUUUGUUCCAUCAUUGUAUUUACUAGCCAGUUGGUCUGCCGAAGUCCAUUUGACCGAUUAUUAACAAUUCAUAACAUGGCAUAAUAAGAAAAGCAGUAUU